GAGUGCAUUUUUCUCAUUUGUUAAUAUCACCACCUAAAUCAUCUCUUGCCUAAAAUAAGGAGUAGAAAGUGAAUGAACAAAGGAACAGGUGAUGGUCAGUGUCCUUUCUAAGCCUCAAAAUUUAAGAGUUUAUGUGAAAAUUCAUAAAUAUUAAUCUCAAUCCAGGGUAAGCAAAAUUUUUGCUUUCCUCUUUAGAAAUUUCUGGUUGCCAAAGUUUCAGAAAUUGCUUCCUCAUUCCCGAGCCUUUCAUUUUCUCGAGUUCUCCAUUAUGUAACGGGGAGCUGGAGCUUUGGGCCGAAUUUCCAAUUAAAGAUGAUUUUUACAGUCAAUGAGCCACGUCAGGGAGCGAUGGCACCCGCAGGCGGUAUCAACUGAUGCAAGUGUUCAAGCGAAUCUCAACUCGUUUUUGCCGGUGACUCAUCCCCGGCCCUGCUUGGCAGCGCUGCACCCUUUAACUUAAACCUCGGCCGGCCGCCCGCCGGGGGCACAAAGUGUGCGCUGUGCCGCGCGGCAAUUGGUCCGCGCGCCGACCUCCGCCCGCGAGCGCCGCCGCUUCCCUUCCCCGCCCCGCGUCCCUCCCCCUCGGCCCCGCGCGUCGCCUGCCCUCCGAGCCAGUCGCUGACAGCCGCGGCGCCGCGAGCUUCUCCUCUCCUCACUACAGAGGCAGAGCAGUCAUCAUGGCAAACCUUGGCUGCUGGAUGCUGGUUCUCUUUGUGGCCACAUGGAGUGACCUGGGCCUCUGCAAGAAGCGCCCGAAGCCUGGAGGAUGGAACACUGGGGGCAGCCGAUACCCGGGGCAGGGCAGCCCUGGAGGCAACCGAUACCCACCUCAGGGCGGUGGCGGCUGGGGGCAGCCUCAUGGUGGUGGCUGGGGGCAGCCUCAUGGUGGUGGCUGGGGGCAGCCCCAUGGUGGUGGCUGGGGACAGCCUCAUGGUGGUGGCUGGGGUCAAGGAGGUGGCACCCACAGUCAGUGGAACAAGCCCAGUAAGCCAAAAACCAACAUGAAGCACAUGGCUGGUGCUGCAGCAGCUGGGGCAGUGGUGGGGGGCCUCGGUGGCUACAUGCUGGGAAGUGCCAUGAGCAGGCCCAUCAUACAUUUUGGCAGUGACUAUGAGGACCGUUACUAUCGUGAAAACAUGCACCGCUACCCCAACCAAGUGUACUAUAGGCCCAUGGAUCAGUACAGCAGCCAGAACAACUUUGUGCACGACUGCGUCAAUAUCACAAUCAAGCAGCACACGGUCACCACAACCACCAAAGGGGAGAACUUCACCGAGACCGACGUUAAGAUGAUGGAGCGCGUGGUUGAGCAGAUGUGUAUCACCCAGUACGAGAGGGAAUCUCAGGCCUAUUACCAGAGAGGAUCGAGCAUGGUCCUCUUCUCCUCCCCACCUGUGAUCCUCCUGAUCUCUUUCCUCAUCUUCCUGAUAGUGGGAUGAGGAAGGUCUUCCUGUUUUCACCAUCUUUCUAAUCUUUUUCUAGCUUGAGGGAGGGGACAUCCAUCUGCAGCCCUUUUAAUGGUGGUGUCUCACUCUUUCUUCUCUCUUUGUCCCAGAUAGGCUAAUCAAUACCCUUGGCACUGAUGGGCACUGGAAAACAUAGAGUAGACCUGAGAUGCUAGUCAAGCCCCCUUCGAUUGAGUUCAUCAUGAGCCGUUGCUAAUGCCAGGCCAGUAAAAGUAUAACAGCAAAUAACCAUUAGUUAAUCUGGACUUAUUUUUGGACUUAGUGCAACAGAUUGAGGCUAAAACAAAUCUCAGAACAGUCUGAAAUACCUUUGCCUGGAUACCUCUGGCUCCUUCAGCAGCUAGAGCUCAGUAUACUAAUGCCCUAUCUUAGCAGAGAUUUCAUAGCUAUUUAGAGAUAUUUUCCAUUUUAAGAAAACCCGACAACAUUUCUGCCAAGUUUGUUAGGAGGCCACAUGAUACUCAUUCAAAAAAAUCCUAGAAAUUCUUAGCUCCUGGGACGCAGGCUCAGCCCGCUGGAGCAUGAGCUCUGUGUCUACAGAGAACUGGGGUGAUGUUUUACUUUUCAUAGUAUGGGCUACACAGCAGCUGUUCAUCAAGAGUAAAUAUUGGCACAACACUAAACCUCUGGCUAGAGGACAUAUUCACAGUGAACAUAACUGUAACAUAUAUGAAAGGCUUCUGGGACUUAAAAUCUAAUGUUUGGGAAUGGUGCCCUUGGAGGCAACCUCCCAUUUUAGAUGUUUAAAGGACUUAUAUGUGGCAUUCCUUUCUUUAAACUAUAGGUAAUUAAGGCAGCCGAAAAGUAAAUUGCCUUCUAGACACUGAAGGCAAAUUUCCUUUGUCCGUUUACCUGGAAACCAGAAUGAUUUUGACAUACAGGAGAGCUGCAGUUGUGAAAGCACCAUCAUCAUAGAGGAUGAUGUAAUUAAAAAAUGGUCAGUGUGCAAAGAAAAGAACUGCUUGCAUUUCUUUAUUUCUGUCUCAUAAUUGUCAAAAACCAGAAUUAGGUCAAGUUCAUAGUUUCUGUAAUUGGCUUUUGAAUAAAAGAAUAGGGAGACAAUCUAAAAAAAUCUUAGGUUGGAGAUGACAGAAAUAUGAUUGAUUUGAAGUGGUAAAAGAAAUCCUGUUAACGUUAAUUAAAGUAAAAUUAUUCCCUGAAUUGUUUGAUAUCGUCACCUAGCAGAUAUGUAUUACUUUUCUGCAAUGUUAUUAUUGGCUUGCACUUUGUGAGUAUUCUAUGUAAAAAUAUAUAUGUAUAUAAAAUAUAUAUUGCAUAGGACAGACUUAGGAGUUUUGUUUAGAGCAGUUAACAUCUGAAGUGUCUAAUGCAUUAACUUUUGUAAGGUACUGAAUACUUAAUAUGUGGGAAACCCUUUUGCGUGGUCCUUAGGCUUACAGUGUGCACUGAAUCGUUUCAUAUAAGAGUCCAAAGUGGACACCAUUAACAGGUCUUUGAAAUAUGCAUGUACUUUAUAUUUUCUAUAUUUGUAACUUUGCAUGUUGUUGUUUUGUUAUAUAAAAAAAUUAUAAAUGUUUAAUAUCUGACUGAAAUUAAACGAGCGAAGAUGAACACCA